CAGUGGAUCUUACCAAAACACGCCUUCAGGUUCAAGGCCAAACCAUCGAUGCUCGCUUUAAAGAGAUAAAAUAUAAAGGAAUGUUCCAUGCCUUAUUCCGGAUCUAUAAAGAAGAAGGUAUCCUAGCCCUGUAUUCUGGAAUUGCUCCUGCUUUACUAAGACAGGCAUCCUAUGGCACCAUUAAGAUCGGCAUAUAUCAAAGCUUGAAGCGUUUGUUUGUAGAUCGUUUAGAAGAUGAAACCCUCCUAAUUAAUAUGAUCUGUGGGGUGGUGUCUGGAGUGAUAUCGUCCACUAUAGCCAAUCCCACGGAUGUAUUAAAGAUUCGAAUGCAGGCUCAAGGAAGCUUGUUCCAAGGGGGCAUGAUUGGCAGCUUCAUCGAUAUAUACCAGCAGGAAGGCACAAGAGGCCUAUGGAGGGGUGUGGUACCGACCGCUCAGCGUGCUGCCAUCGUUGUGGGAGUGGAGCUACCGGUCUAUGAUAUUACCAAAAAGCACUUAAUAUUAUCGGGGCUGCUGGGAGACACAAUCUUUACCCACUUUGUUUCUAGCUUUUCCUGUGGCUUGGCUGGAGCUCUUGCUUCCAACCCAGUGGAUGUGGUGCGAACCCGCAUGAUGAACCAGAGGGCCAUCGUGGGCAAUGUGGAACUGUACAAGGGCACUUUGGAUGGACUACUGAAGACUUGGAAGACUGAGGGCUUCUUUGCCCUGUAUAAGGGAUUUUGGCCAAAUUGGCUCCGCCUGGGCCCCUGGAACAUUAUUUUUUUUAUUACCUAUGAGCAGCUUAAGAGGCUUUCCUUCUAAAGGCAAGUGAGGCUGUUCACAGAGGCUCGGAUUUGUGUGAGCACAGUGCUGCCACCCCUCUCCCAUCAUUUUCUCCUGCUCCCUGUGUCUUGGUGCACUUUUGACCAGAACCUAUGUACCUGCUGAGCACGUGGUUCCUGAAGGCAUCCUGGACGAAGAUGACCUGGAUGGUGCAAAGGAUUUGGAGUUGUGUUCUGUGUUUGUGUUUUCAUGUGGUUGGCUUUUUCCAUGAAGUGAUGUGUCAAAAGUGAGACUCUCUGGCCCCAGACUGGUAUCUUCUGUGAAGAUGGAUGCUAACAGGUGAUCUCAAAAUUGAUCUUCCUCCCAAGUUGGGUCCAAAUGCAGUUAGGUAGCCCCUGCCUUUGGGGAGAGCAGAAAGCAGAGGCCAGGGCAGUUCCUGCUGUUGUAGUCUUACAGAUCUUGUUUCUCAUUAAAGUAUUUAUUGACAGGA